GCGAGCACCUAGGGUGACAGCAAUAAAAGCCUGCGCACCAUUUGAAUUCACCAUUUCUAUUCAGUGGAAUCCACCGUCUACACGCGUGUGCUUUACCGCCCGUGAACAAUGCGUGAGAUUGUACAUCUUCAAGCCGGUCAGUGUGGAAAUCAAAUCGGAGCAAAAUUCUGGGAGGUAAUUUCUGAUGAACACGGCAUCGACCCAACCGGCACUUAUCACGGCGAUUCCGAUUUACAACUAGAGCGUAUUAACGUUUAUUACAAUGAAGCAACCGGUGGUAAAUAUGUUCCACGAGCAAUCCUGGUGGAUUUGGAACCUGGUACCAUGGACAGCGUCCGAGCUGGCCCUUUUGGGCAACUAUUCCGCCCCGAUAAUUUCACUUUUGGACAAAGUGGGGCCGGGAAUAACUGGGCCAAAGGACAUUACACGGAAGGCGCUGAACUAGUUGAUUCCGUUUUGGAUGUGGUUCGAAAGGAGGCAGAAUCGUGCGAUUGUCUUCAAGGAUUCCAGCUUACUCAUUCCCUUGGUGGUGGGACCGGAUCCGGCAUGGGAACGCUCUUGAUCUCGAAAAUUCGUGAAGAAUAUCCUGAUCGGAUUAUGAGUACUUUUUCCGUUGUCCCGUCACCCAAGGUGUCUGAUACUGUUGUGGAACCUUACAAUGCAACAUUGUCUGUCCAUCAGCUGGUUGAGAAUACAGACGAAACCUACUGCAUUGACAACGAAGCGUUGUAUGACAUCUGUUUCCGUACUCUGAAACUGACAACCCCAACCUAUGGCGAUCUGAACCACUUGGUUAGCGCGACAAUGUCCGGUGUGACCACAUGCCUGCGCUUUCCGGGUCAGCUAAAUGCCGACCUACGAAAAUUGGCUGUCAACAUGGUUCCAUUUCCCCGAUUGCACUUUUUCAUCCCUGGAUUCGCGCCGCUCACAAGCCGUGGUAGCCAACAAUACCGUGCUCUCACCGUGCCAGAACUGACACAACAAAUGUUCGAUGCGAAGAAUAUGAUGGCCGCUUGUGACCCCAGGCACGGACGCUACCUGACUGUGGCCGCCAUGUUCCGUGGGCGAAUGUCAAUGAAGGAAGUGGAUGAACAAAUGCUGAAUGUACAAAACAAGAAUUCUAGCUACUUUGUCGAGUGGAUUCCGAAUAAUGUAAAAACAGCAGUCUGUGAUAUUCCUCCUAGGGGGUUGAAGAUGUCUGUAACAUUUAUUGGAAAUAGCACGGCUAUUCAAGAGUUAUUCAAGCGUGUCUCUGAACAGUUCACCGCUAUGUUCCGUCGAAAAGCCUUCUUGCAUUGGUACACCGGAGAAGGUAUGGAUGAGAUGGAGUUCACUGAGGCCGAAUCCAACAUGAAUGAUCUGGUCAGCGAAUACCAACAAUACCAGGAUGCCACAGCUGAGGAAGAGGGUGAAUUUGAGGAAGAAGAGGAAGGUGAACAAGUUUAA